CAUGCUGGGCAUUGGCUGCGGGCCGACUCCGUCCCCUUACGCCGCUGCCGCUCAGCCCCCAGAACCUACACAAUCACCAGCCAUGGACGCUGCCCUCCCACUGCCAAUGCUUCCGUCGCCUUGCCCUCGCCUCUGGCUGCGCACCUGCCAACAGCAGCCUCGGAAGUCCACCUCGGGCACAGACACCCGCGCAGCAGACGCCACGGCCCACCAUGGAGCGCAGCCUGUCCACGCUGCCGCCCACUGGAAACCCUGCUCCCCGCCACCGCCUCUGCCGCCUCUCACGGCGCACCUGCAGAUGGCGGGCUGGACUCCGCCCCCGGCCGCAGACCCCGCCGCCGAGGAGCAACAGCCCGCAGCUCCCCGCAGCCGACUCAUUCCCCAACCCGAAGCCGCCUGCCCCCUGGGGAUGGCUGCUUACGCAGGUGAUGGCGCAGCUGGAAGAACACGUGGCGGGCACCGGAAGUAGGUGUCGCUGGCCGGCAGGAGGAGCAUGCGCAGCAGGCACUGGAAGUGGGCGGUGCUGGAAGGCGGGAAGAGCGUGCGCAGCCUUGGUUGC